AGGGGACCACUUUGUUGGAAGUAACAGGAUGUAGCUGUGUUGAUAUUUGUUGGAGGAGCACUACAAACACGACUUAAUGAUGGAGGGAACUUCCAAAAAUGGAGCGGCUGCUGCAGAGCCCAGCGUUGCUGCUCAGGUUCCUUUCCUUCACUUGUGCACAACUUUAGAGAAAAUCCAGAAGUCCAAACUCCGUCCAGAUAAAUCCAAGAUCCUUGGGGAUUUCAUUGAAUCAUGGCGGAAAUUUCAUGCCGCCCUCCACAAGGACAAUCCGAAAACUAUAGACUCCUUCUACCCUGCUAUGCGCCUCAUUGUCCCGCCUUUUGAACGAGAGCGAAUGGCCUAUGGCAUCAAAGAGAGCAUGCUAGCUAAGCUCUACAUCGAUGUUUUAGGCCUCCCAAAGAAUGGCCCAGAAGCCAGUAAGCUCCUGAACUACCGUGCUCCGACUACAUCCCAAGGAGAAGCAGGGGAUUUCGCCGGCAUGGCAUACUUUGUGCUGAAGAAGCGAUGUACCAGCCAAGGAAACCUCAGUAUCAAAGAGGUCAAUGACUUUCUUGACUCAGUGGCCAUCAACAAUGCCAGCAAGCAGAAGGAUCAGGUGAAAAAGAGCCUGCUGCACCUCAUCACUCAGAGCUCUGCUCUGGAGCAAAAGUGGCUUAUUAGGAUGAUUCUGAAGGACAUGAAGCUUGGAGUCAGCAAGGAAACUGUUCUCCAGGUCUUCCACCCAGACGCCGCAGAGCUCUACAAUGUCAACACGGACUUAAAGAAGGUGUGCCAGCAGCUGCACGACCCCACUGUGUCUUUAAGCGAAGUCUCGAUUGAACUCUUCUCUGCCUUCAAGCCAAUGUUGGCAGCGGUGGCCAACAUCCGCAACAUCGAGAAGCAGAUGGGGAACAGCCCCUUUUACCUUCAGACGAAACUGGAUGGGGAGCGGAUUCAGCUUCACAAGGAUGGAGACGUGUACAAGUACUUCAGCCGGAACGCAUUUGAAUACACGCAGCAGUUCGGAGGAUCGCCGCUCGAGGGAUCACUCACUCCUUACAUCCACAACGUGUUCAAAAGCAACGUUGUAAACUGCAUCCUGGAUGGCGAGAUGAUGGCGUUCAACCCGACGGCGGGGACCUUCAUGCAGAAAGGGAGCAAAUUUGACAUUAAGAGACUGAUGGACGACUCUGAGCUGCAGACGUGCUUCUGCGUCUUUGACGUGUUGCUGGUUAAUGACCAAAAACUUGGCAAAGAACCGCUGAAGAAGCGAUAUGAGGUUCUCCAGACGGUCUUCACCCCCGUCAAGGGUCGGAUACAUGUGGUGCCAAAGACAGAAGUCGGAACAAUGCAAGAUGUUGUCAGUGCUCUUAACGAUGCCAUUGAUAACAGGGAAGAAGGGAUUAUGGUGAAGGACCCUUUGUCCAUCUACAAACCUGAUAAACGAGGGGAGGGUUGGCUGAAAAUAAAGCCGGAGUAUGUGGACGGCUUGAUGGAUGAGCUGGACCUGCUGAUUGUUGGUGGUUACUGGGGGAAAGGAAGACGGGGCGGGAUGAUGUCCCACUUUCUAUGUGCUAUUGCAGAAGCGGCAAAGCCUGGUGAGAAGCCGUCGGUUUUCCACUCCUUCUGCCGAAUUGGCUCAGGUUACACCAUGAAAGAGUUGUAUGACCUUGGGUUGAAGCUUGCGAAGCAUUGGAAAGUCUACCGGAAAAAUGACCCACCGGCAUCCAUCCUCUGUGGAGUGGAGAAACCGGAAGUGUACAUCGAACCCUGCAACUCAGUCAUCAUCCAGGUCAAAGCGGCCGAGAUAGUUGGAAGCGACAUGUACAAGACCAACUGCACCCUGCGGUUCCCCAGAAUCGAAAAGAUCCGCGAGGACAAAGAGUGGCACCAGUGCAUGACUCUGGCAGAGCUGGAUCAGUUCCGCAGCAAGGCGUCCGGGAAACUGGCCUCGCGGCACCUUCACAUCGACGGCGACGAACCACAGAAGAAGAAGCGGAAGCUGCCUGUCAAACCAAAGAAGGUGGUUGGCAUCAUUGACCACUUCAAGCCCCAGGAUCUGUCCGGAGUUUCCAAGGAGACGGACAUGUUUGAGGAUGUGGAGUUCUGCAUCCUGAACGGCACUGAAGGCCACCCAAAGUCAGAGCUGGAGAAGGGCGUGGCCAGGUGUGGCGGCAUUGUGGUCCAGAACCCGGGACGGGACACUUACUGCGUGGUUGCCGGCGUGGAGAACAUGCGCGUGAAGAACCUGAUUUCCUCCAAUCAGCACGACGUGGUCUGGGCGUCAUGGCUGCUGGAGUGCCUGGAUCAGAAGGAAGUGGUGCCAUGGCAACCGCGCCACAUGAUCCACAUGUCGCCCUCGACCAGGGAACACUUCGCCAAGGAGUACGACAGCUACGGCGACAGCUACUUUGUCGAUACGGACGAGCAGCAGCUGAGGGAAGUGUUCAGCAGGAUCGACGGGGAGCAGGCGGCGAUGGCGUCUGUCGGCGCGGCGCAGGUGGAGGAGCGUUACGGCUGGGACGACCUUCCCACCAGCAUGUUCAGACCCUUCACCUUUUACUUCCACAUCUUGGAUCCGAAAAGCGCAACAGGUGCUACCUGUCUGGACAUCAGGGCACUGGAGGUUCGAUACCACGGGGGAACGGUGGCGAAGGCGCUGGAGGAAGGAGUUUCUCACGUCGUUGUCGAGGAAGAGACGAGACUCCUGGAGCUGAGGACGCUGAGGCGCCGCUUCAGGAAGAAGUUUAAGAUCGUUAGAGACUCGUGGGUGACCGACUCCAUUACGGCAGGGCAUCUGAUGGACGAUGCUGACUACCUGGUUUGAAGCUACAACCGAUUAGCGAAGUUUGCAUUUUAGCUGAUUUUAACACAAAAUUUUACCAAGUCAUUUUUCGCCGAGUUUCUUAUACUAACUUAAGUUAGUAUAAGACAAAACUAACUUAUAAAUAACCUUUAAGCAAGAUAUAGGAGCUUAUUUUAAGUAAAUAAUU